AUGCCUGCUGCCCACCGCUACCUCUCCCUGCUGCUCCUGUCUGCCUGUGCGGCUCUGCUGCUGCAGCCACGGCUUGGGGCCCAGGCAGCCCCGCUGGAGCCAGUGUACCCCGGGGACAAUGCUACACCAGAGCAGAUGGCCCAGUAUGCAGCUGAGCUCCGCAGAUACAUCAACAUGCUGACCAGGCCCAGGUAUGGGAAAAGAGACAGAGAAGAAACACUGGACAUCCUGGAGUGGGGCUCCCCCCAUGCUGCUGGCCCCAGGAAUCUCAGCCCAAUGGACUUGUGA